AUGACUUACGUUCUUUUUUUGGAUUUUGAACCAAUCAGCCCUUUUGGGGCAUACUACACGUACUGCAUCAAUCAGUCAUCCCUUAAAUUCGUCCAGGGCUUCAGUGCAACCUGGAUCAUCUUCAGGCCACUGGACUGCUUCGAUGCCAUCACUGAUCAGCAGACAAUUACCUCCUGGAGUGCCCCUAUUAUGUGGGACGGGACAUUUGAUCCGGUGGAACGCGAUGAAUUCUACUUCAAAAGGAAGGCAGUGAUUGGCCUGACCGUUUUUGCAAUUGGACGGUACCUUGACAGGUAUCUGAAGGACUUCUUGGAGUCUGCAGAGCAGCACUUCAUGAAAGGACAUCGGGUGAUCUACUACGUGAUGGUGGACGUUGCCAGCAAGGUCCCUGCCCUGAAGAUGCCUUCUGAACGGACCAUGAUCGUGAUCCAGGUUCCCAAGCAAUCCCGCUGGCAGGACAUCAGCAUGAUGCGAAUGUACCAAAUCAACGACCUCAUCCAGGAUCGGGUCCAGUUCCAGGUCACCCACCUAUUCUGCUUCGAUGUCGACCAGGUGUUUGUGGGGCGCUUCGGGGUGGAGGCUUUGGCAGACUCAGUCGCUCAGAUCCAUGCUGCCUUCUUCACUGCCGACCGAAACAAAUUCACCUACGAGCGGAAUCCGAAAUCGGCAGCUUACAUCGCACCAAACGAGGGAGAUUUCUAUUACCACGCAGCUGUUUUCGGAGGGAGACCAGAUCUGGUUUUGAACCUGACUAGGACCUGCCUGGAGGGGAUCAUCAGAGACAAAAGUAAAAAGAUCGAGGCAGUCUGGCACGAUGAGAGUCAUUUGAAUCGUUACUUUCUGGAUCACAAACCCGCCAAGCUCUUAUCUCCCGAGUAUUGCUGGGACCUAAAACCGGCCAAUUAUAUCCGAUAUGUCAGACUGAAAUGGAUGCCCAAGGAAUAUAAGAAAUUACGUGACAACUGA